AUGAGCACCCUGACGCAAACAGAGACAAUCGUGCUACAAACAAGAGCUUCCACCGAAGCCAUUCCAGCCGAAAAUGAAACAUCACAAGACUCAGGGCCCCCACAACCAAAAUGGAUGUAUGCCAAAAUCCUUAGCGCAGGCUUAUCAUUUUUCGUCGCGGGGGUCAACGACGGAAGUCUAGGAUCACUAAUUCCCUACGUGCUACGCACCUACAACAUCGACACAGACAUGGUAGCCGUCCUAUACGGCACAACCUUCUUCGGCUGGCUAGUCGCUGCCCUGACCAAUGGCAAAAUAAUCCAAAACCUAGACCUGGGCCCAAUCCUCAGCCUAGGCGCCGCCAUCCAAGUCCUAGCCCAAGUGCUGCGCGUCUGGGAACCCCCAUUCGCACUGUACGCGGUAACAUUCUUCUUCGCCAGCUUGGGUCAAGCCUAUAACGACACCCACGCCAAUACCUUCGUCUCGGCGCUGAACGGCGCGCAUAGAUGGCUCGGCUUUAUACAUGCUAUGUACAUGGCCGGGUGUCUUGUUGGCCCGUUUGUAGCAACGGGUGUGGCGUCGGCGAAUGCCGAUUCGAAGUGGUACCUGUUUUAUCUUUUCCCGCUUGGAGUUGGCGUGAUGAAUCUUGCGUUUGUGGGUGUUUCUUUCCGGGAUCGUAUGGCACUUCCGGCACGUUUGAGGAGGGAGAGUGGGGGUAGGGAUGGUUCGAAGUCUGCGCUCAAGGAAAUUAAGGAUACGCUUUCUACUCCUGGGGUUUGGCUGCUCAGCUUGUUUUUCUUUUUUUUCUUGGUGCUAGUAUUACGGCUGGAGGUUUGCUGGAUGGUCGAGUACCUUGUCAACGUCCGUAACGGCGACGUCAAAGACAUGGGUUAUGUCCCAGCCGGCUUCUACGGUGGCGCCUUUCUGGGACGUCUUAUCCUCGCCGAGCCUACGCAUAGACUUGGCGAGCGCCGAAUGAUCUUCAUUUAUGCUUUGUUGUGUGUUGUGUCCCAAAUAUCAUCACCGAGGCAGUGGCAGUCAGUCUAUUGGGAUUCUUCUCAGGUCCUUUCUUCGCAACAGCAAGGUAUAUCGGUCGGCUCAAAGAUCUUCUCACCGGAGAUCCGCUCUUCCGCAAUCGCGUUCGUCUUCGUACUGGGUCAAAUCGGCGGCUCGGUCUUUCCCGCUUUGACGGGCAUCAUUGCAGGAAAAGUUGGUGUUCAGGUCCUGCAGCCCAUGCUUGUUGGUUUGCUUGGCGCGGCUGGUGCGAGCUGGUUAAUCCUACCCAAGGCUACUGCCUUGCAUCAGGAUUGA